AGAGAGGCGCGUACGGUAGUGCUAGGCACGGUCACGUAACCUCUCUAUUACCUUUGUUUCCAUUUUCCAGUUCCAUAUUCUCUGUAUUCUUCUACAACAAAGGACCUUCACAGUUUUCAGGCGAUCUUCUCAAGGAGUUUCAGUACCAAUUUUUCAGGUAAUAACAAAUGGAAUUUGUUAGUGGAGUAGGAGAACUCCGGGGUAACCAGGGCAUGGAAGGGGAAGAGAAUGUGAUAGCCGUAGAACCCAUUACCAUGAUUGUACCACCGGAACUGCAAGACGUGCCGGAAACCCCUACGGCGGAGAGCAGUGCCAGUUCAGGCGCGCAUGAGGAUUCCGGUGCUAACCCCUCUCCAUCAUCUGAAGGGUCGUCGUCAGAAAACACUGCUAGUGCAAGUAGCCCCUCGCCGGAAAGUAUGGAAGUGGCCGUAAAUGUACCUCCGGUUGCAGGCUGGGAAAACAAAACCAUAGGUGGUAGGUUGAGCAACCUCCGCAAGGCGCCGAAUACAUUGACGGCUGGGUUUCGGUUUCGGGCGAACCUGCAUCAUGAGGUAGCAGAUUGUUUUACCUCCAUUAAAGGGUACAAGAGACUGGAGGAAGUGGUGAGACAAUACCACGUUCCUAGGACAGUUUUGUUACGAACAGGGACCAAAAAUGAAAGGGCCUGCAGUGUGUCAGCAAUAGGGUGGAUACCUAUAUAUGUGGACCAUUUCGACGCCGGCCUGAGGUUUCCUUUAUCCGGGCUGAUUUUUGACAUUCUGUCAAAGUACGAGCUGGCGCUCACACAGUUGACUCCCAACAGUAUAAAAUUCAUCGUAGGGUUUAUGUUGCUGUGUGCACGGCUGGAGAUACCUGCGAAGGCCAUUGUUUUCAGGUCGCUAUUUUUGUGCCGGCUGAGCAGUGCACAGACGAGGUGGUACUACAUUUCUGGGGUUAGCACCGAUCUGGCAGCUCGUCUAUCUGAGUGGCGCCCCGGGCAUGCGUACAUGAACUACCCCACACUAACCCCGGGCGACCUGGAGCUUAGGGAUAGGAUCACUAAUUAUGUGAAGGGAGGGGGGUUAGUUGAUUUGGAAGCCCUGGUUACCCCUGAGGUGCUCGCUUUGCGUGGGUUUGUGGAUAUCACAAACCUGUUUAGUGAAGCUCAGCGCUCUCGUGGCAGGGGAAUUGGGUCUAGCGCGAGGAGGCAAACGCGCUUUGAUGAGCUACCACCUGCAGCACCUCGCAGCUCGUCGCAGAGGGAACAGGGUACCAGCUCGGCCUCGCGGCCACAGACUGAGCGCAGGGUAGAACCCACACCUGCUGACGUACGGAGGCGUGCUCGCGACGAGUCCGAUAAUGAAGAUGACGUACCAUUAAUUCGGCGCAGGUUGGAUUCCGGGAGACAACCUGGUGUGGUGCGUUCACCUGAGGCGCCUGUGGUCCAGCCGCGUAGCGCGGCUGAGGCGCUUCCACCACCAGGUAUGCAAAAUUUCGUCCCGCCUGUGGACCGUCACCGUGCUAAAGGCUACAUGCAGCAGCACGGGACUCACGCUGCAAUGCUGAAGAUGAUGGAUGCGCUAAGCUAUUCUGUAGCUCUGUUCGAGAGCGAGCAGGCAGCUCGAAUACAGAAUAGGGAGCUAGCUGACACUUGCAAGCGGUUGUCCUUAGACAAGGCGAGCUUGGAGGAUGAGGAGGAGCUGGAUAAGGUGAAAGCUGAGAAGGAGAGUGGGAUUCAAGCGGCCAUGGAUGAGGUCGUUCGCGCAGUGGAUCUUAGGAAGAAAGUAGAGGCUGAGAGAGAUGGCGCGCUGAACGACCUCAACGCCCUAAGAGGGCGGGUUGUUGUGGCCGACCAGGAUCUUGCCCGCGCAGAGGAAUCCCUGAGGCAGGCCAAGGCUCAACACCAGCGUUGUAUAAGCAUCGCGCGAGCUCAAGGCGCGGAAUGGCUGGUUGGUGCUGACAUGUUCCAAGACGCCGUAGCUGUGGCAUCCAUGAACACCACGACUGAGAUUUACAAUGACGUUCGUGGUAAGGAGCUGAACGAGGAGGGAUUGCCAACAUGGCCACCGUUUGUCCUUGAGGAAGGAGAGGAGUAUGAGAAUCUGCCGAGGUUCGACACCUGGGCUGGUGAUGCUCCUGUAGAAGAAGCUGAACCCUCUAGUACUCCUCCUGCUCCUCAGCCCGCCCCUGCUGCCAUCUCAAUCCCAGCUCGUGCUGACGCGUCCGCUCCCGUGGAUUUAACGGACGAUUAGACUUAGGCUUUUUCUGUUUCUUAUACUUUUGCAUUUUCACCAUUUGCUUGUUGGCAACAUAUUUUGUAGUCUCAUGGACACCUCAUGUAUUGAAUUUGCAAAGAAUACAAUUGAAACGAAUUU